CUUCCUCUUGGAAUAACGACUCUCACACUCGGAGAGGGAUUUAAUCAACCUCUCCAGCCUGGUCAACUUCCUAUGGGGCUGACCUCUCUCACAUUCGGACUUCGCUAUGAUCAGCCACUCCAACCUGAAACUCUUCCCCCUGGAAUCACAGCUCUCGAAUUUGGAGACAGCUUCUCCCAGAAGCUCAAACAUGGACAUUUGCCAAGGGGGCUGAGAACUCUCGCUUUUUCCACUGGGCCAUUUUAUCCACUAAAAGCUGGUGUCCUACCGACAGGAAUCACAAACCUCACAUUUGGCAUUGGAUUCGAUCAGAAACUUCAAUGUGGACACCUCCCUGCAGGUAUCAAAACUCUUAUGAUGGGAUAUAGUUUCAAUCAGCAACUUCGACAUAGCCACCUCCCGUUUGGCAUAAAUACUCUCAUAUUUGGCUUUAACUUCAACAAGCCAAUCAAACCUGGACAUCUUCCUUCUAGUAUAACAUCUCUCACCUUUGGACACUACUUCAACCAGCCGUUGCGAGCAGGAUGUCUGCCUUUUGGUACAAUAUUUCUCAAGUUUGGACAAAAAUUCAACCAGCCUCUCCAACCAGGACUCCUUCCGUGCGGAAUCACAGAGCUUAAGUUUGGUGAUUGCUUUGAUCAGACAUUCUACAUUGGGACAUUACCGUCAUCACUAAUUUCUCUGGAGCUUGGGUCACUCUACAACCGGUUAAUCUCCUUCGGUUGCAUUCCACAAUGUAUUCUCGAUUUGAUACUCCAUAUGAAGACAGGAAAGCAAUACUCAUUGCUAUUUCCUCAAUCGGACUCUCUUCCCUUCACCAUGCGUCACUUGAUACUCAAGAAGCGAUUUUCCUACAAUUCUGAUGGAGUAGAGAUAUAUCUUCCAACGCGAUGCGUAUCAUUCGAUAUAUCAUCGGUCAUCACAUCUCGUAUUCCAACAAUAAUCAAUGCUCUCCAUCCAUUUUGGUGCACCUUGAAUGACCAAGACUAUAUCCUCGAGGUGACAUGCAGGCUCACUGACCCUGGUAAUCUGAUCAUGAUCCUAGAUAAAGGCGGACCCAAACAAUCUAUAAUAUUUGUUCCCGUUCCUCAAGACAAACAAGAAACAUUUCCAUUUCCAAUUUCCAUU